CCAAGUUUCGGUGGAGGAGGGUUCUUGGGAAAUGAGAAAUUGGGGCUGUAUUAUUUAUAGUGCAAAUAUUUCACCAACUCUCCCCUUUGGACAGCGAAAGAGAAGAAUCUCUAAACCGUCAACUUUCGCGACGCUCCCUCACUCUGAGCUCCAAGGCGUGAAGCGUGGAGGCAAAGGACUACAUAUCCCAGAACGUAUUGAAUCUGACCCGGAAGUUUAACUUCCGCGCUCUGGACAGAUUUGUAGUGAGUGAAAAUUUGCGUAAGAUAUUCAUUUACAAAUAGACAUAAAAUAUACAUAGCUACGCACGAAUGUCUUCUUGCUUCGAUGGGAGUUCUCUUUCAGAAACAGCGGCUUCCUGAGGCGACAGGACACAUUCCGGGACUUGGGGUGGCGUAAGAGUCGUGCUCCAGGUCAGAAGGCGGAGUAGUAGCAUGAGGAUUUGUUCUCUUCUGGAAGCUGAUGGGACCAAAACAUAGGCAGUGCCAAAAGUGGUGACAGAAGAAAUCUUGGGAGAAAGUAAUUUUGUCUCCGACUUGGGACAGCUGCUGGGAACACCAUGGCUCCUGUAAAGAUUAGCCACGUGGUAUCAUUUUCCUCUCAGGAUCCCAAGUAUCCUGUGGAGAACUUGCUGAACCCAGACAGUCCAAGGGGACCUUGGCUCAGCAGUCCUCAGGACAAGAGUGGGCAACUGAAAGUAGAACUCCAGCUGGAGAGGGCAGUGCCCAUUGGCUACAUUGAUGUGGGUAACUGUGGCUCUGCUUUCCUGCAAAUUGAUGUGGGCCGUUCUUCCUGGUCCCUGGAUAGACCUUUUGUCACCCUGCUCCCUGCAACCAUGCUAAUGUCCCUAGCCGACUUAAAGCAGGGGAAAAACCGCUCAGGCGUCCGCAUGUUUAAAGAUGAUGAUUUCCUGGCGCCAGCCUCAGGUGAGUCAUGGGAUCGACUUCGCCUGACCUGCUCCCAACCCUUCACACAUCAGCAGUCUUUUGGCCUGGCCUUCCUCCGGGUGUGUUCCUCCCUGGACUCCUUAGAUGACCCUGUGGGAGGUCCCUCGGCCCCUGAGAGCUCUAGACUGAGCCAGGGCUCUGAUGGUCAGGAGUCUAGUCCCAGCCCCUGGCUGGCUAAUCCUUCCAUUCGGAGGACAUUCUUCCCAGAUCCCCAAACGAGCACCAAGGAAAUUUCAGAGCUUAAGAAUAUCCUAAAGCAGCUGCAGCCAGGGCCUUUGGGCCGUUCAGCCCGAAUGGUGCUUUCAGCUGCCCGGAGGUUCCCCCCCACAAGCAUGGCAAGCAGGAGAACCAGCCCUUCAGAACCAGGUCCUAGUCAGCCAGCCAGCACAGAUUUAAUGUGUACUUCUAACACAGAGCUCAGACCAGAGGAGCAGAACUCAGAGAAUCAUGUGGGCAGGACAAAGAGACGGAAAGUACAAGCCCGCAGGACUUUAUCCAGCUCGAACUCACGGCCCAACCAGCGGGGGAUGGCAAAAGCACGGCAGAGAGAAUGCCACCGACGCCAGGCCCAAAGCAGUGGGGUCCAGAAUACUGCCCUGUGCCCCAUUUGUGCAGGCUCCUUCAGUGUUGAGGUUCUUCCCCAGCACGCUGCCACGUGUGGAGAGAUCUCCCCACCUCAGCCAGCCUCUCCCUCCUCAUCACCAUCUUCGUUGCAGUCUGUACUGUGGGUAUCCUCCCCAGAGAGCUCACCACCUGCUUCCUGGGUCCAGUGCCCUCUCUGCCAGUUGUACUUCUCAGCAGGAGAAGUAGAAGAACAUGCCAGCAUGUGUGGGGAGACUCCUCAGACAUGAGCCAUGAGGUGCUGUGGUUUUGGUCCCCCUGCCAUCUGUGACUAACACUGGGGAGUGGAGCUCAUGACAGCUGAGAAGAGCCGAUAAGGGCAAGCUGUCCUCUCCCCUUCUUUGCACUCAUUCCCUCGGUACUCUGUUUGAGGGCACCUCUGGGCCCAGCCUACUCUCUACUCCCAGUUGUCAAGGCUGCUGUCACCAUGGCACCCUCUUCUCCCAAGACAGCUCCAUCCUUUUCCCCUCUGGAACUUCUGGGGUAGAACUGGUGAUCUCUCUAGGGCUUUGGGACAUAAUCCAGAACGCCUUCCUCUCAGUGAGUGAUGCACAUCCUCGUGCCCAUUUUCCUGGAAGGAAAACUGAGACUGAGUGAAAUAAAAGCACUGCCUAGCAGAUAAGUCUUGUGAUAUA